CCAGAAUCAGGCUCUGGUGAAGUUGUAAGCCGCCGCCACCGAGACGCCGCCGCCGCCGAGAAGUAAGUUGGUCUCCCAACUCUUUCCUCCGCCCUCCUCUUGACCACCCGCACUCUCUCACCAUUCUAGUACAAGCUCCCGCUGCCGCAGCCGACACCCGCGCUCUCCCGCACCACUACCUGGUCACCCCGCUUCAGCCGCCUGCGUACUCCCGAUCACAUCGGAGGUAACGGCACACAUCUUCCCCGAUCUGCGUUCCGCAACGAUCAACCUGAGGAGGAGGAUCGCGGGGUAGCCAAACAGCCCACUGACAGAUCCAGAUCUAUUUGUGCGUCCGAUGACGCUGUAGAUCUGUGAAGCAGCCCUCCUAAAACACCUCUUGUGCUUCACUAUUGCUGCUUUCUAGUAGAUCGUCUGCUUUUCUAAUAAUCGUUUAGUUUUUAUUUUUUCCGACACUUCUAUUUCAGGUCUACAUACUUUUUUUGGGAAGCAAGAAGCCUGAGAAGUGGGGGAGACGAGGGCUGGAGUAGGCAUGCAGGAUACUCUCCAUGCCAGAAUCUGCAAGAGUGUUGUUGCAGUAUCUAUUAAAAAAAAUGUAUAUACUGAGGGUACUGUUGUAUUAGUUACUCCAAAUUUUGCCUAUAUCAUAGCAGAUUCAUAUUAUUUCAGAAAAAACAAAGAUGUAACUGAAGUCACUGUUGUAUUACCAAACACAAAGAAAGUGGUCCUUCAGCUAGGACGUGUGAAGCUUUUUCAGAAUGUUGCUUGCAUCCGAUGCUUUAAUCCCACACCAGGACAAGACUCUUGUCUGGAGGAAUUGGUUGGCAUGGAUUUCUGUGAACAAAUUCAAGAAAAUGAUAAAGUUUUUACAUUCAGCGACAAAAACAACAAGAAGUUGUUGACUCCUGGCAGAAUUAUCUUAAUUGAAGAUAAAACAUUUGAUCAUAAUUGUGCAUCAGACCUAUAUUCAUGUUGUGGAGCACCAGUAAUUAAUGAAGCCGGACAGUUUGUUGGCAUGUGUACAAAAUUAACCCAUGGAUAUCUUACUGCGGUUAAGGCGAAGGAAGUAGCACAAAUGAUUGACAAUGCUGAAAAAAGAACUCACACGACCAUUGCAGAUACCUUACAAAAUUUGCGCCAGUGAAAGGGUUCAGGUUCUCAGGAGGGCCUGGACGCAGAUGUUUUCCCAUCAACUCUUGGCCGUUGUGUUGAAGAAUGGGGCAAUGUCUUGAGAAGUUUUUCGGUGCAGAAGGUGUUGGCCUCCAUACCGCACCUAAAUUUGCAACAUUAGGCUGUCCUUCUGAUGGUAUGGUCGCUCCAGGAUCUUGUUUGGCACCACUGCAUUUCAGGUUGCUGUGACUUUUUUGCUUCUUGCUUUUCACUAGAUUGCUAAGCUGGAUUUCGUUAGAAUAGAGCUCUGUGGCUAUUUGUAAUGCAUGUGUCCGAACUACUGGUGAGGCAUGGCCGAUGUGAUGCAGAAUAAGGAAAUUUCUACUGUAGAAUUGAGUAGUGUGUUUAUUUGUAAUGCAUGUUUCCAAAUUACUAAUUUUGUGUAUGUUCGUUCUUCGUUGCAUUCCAGACUCCAGACGUAAUCUGUACAUAAGUGGUGAAAGACAGAAUAAAUUGAAACAAGAUCUUGUAAUCA